AUGGCAAACUAUUCCGAAAAAACCGAUAUGGUAUUAAUUUUUAGAGAAUGUCAUCAAAAUUCGCGUAACGCAGCGGCACUUAAUGCUGAACGAUAUCCCGAGAGAUAUCAUCCACCAUACAAUUAUUUUUUACGUAUAGUAAUAAAUCUUAGAGAAAAAGGAGAACUUCCAGCUAUUGCAAACCGCCGCCGAAAUAGGAGACCGCGAGUUCAUGAACCUAAUGAAAAUGAAGAAUUACAGGUAUUAGCAUAUAUUCAAAUAAAUCCUCGUUCUUCUGUUAGAAAUUUGGCGAGAGAAGUCGGUGUCUCUGUGGGGAAAGCACAAGAUGGGGCACCCGCCCAUAAUGCAAUAAUUGUUCAAGAAUACCUUAACCAAACAUUUGGCCAUAAAUGGAUGGGGACAUAUGGUCCAGUACAAUGGCCUCCUAGAUCUCCUGAUAUAACACCAAUAGACUAUUUUUUAUGGGGACAUUUAAAAACAGUAGUUUAUGCUAAUCCGCCUAUUAAUCUUGAAGAUUUGAAAAACAAAAUAAUCAUUGCGUGUAGUGAACUCACCGAAGACCAAAUAAUAACAGCUACACAAAGAGAACUACUGCGACGAAUGGAAGCAUGCGUUGAAAAUAAUGGCAAUAACUUAGAGCAGUUCAUUGAAUAAUAAAUGAUCGAAUAAAUUGUAAUGAUAUUUUUUUAUAAAUGCUA